AUGGCCAAAGUCACCGGGGCCCUGGGCUUUAGCGAGCCUCUUCCCGGCGUUCGUUUCAAGUUCCAUGCGAACGACACGACCCUCGAUGUAAUGAACAUCACACAGCGCGACGCAACCAUCUCUAACGCGAGGGCAGCCUCCCCGCCUCCCUCUCUCGACGCCGAGGGAUUCACGCUCGUGGGCCACAAGAGCGCAGUCCAAGACUUCCGCGACCAAGAGGAGAUCAAGCGCGUCCACGCCGGCGAGAUCCGCGACCUCCUCCUGGGCCUCACCGGCGCCGACGACGUCGAGGUGCGCGGCCUCGGCGUGCUGCGCUUCGGGGAGCGCAGCAGGGACUCGGGCGCGCUGAACAACUCCCGCCCGGCGCGGUUCGUGCACGUCGACAUCUCGGACAGGACGGCCGCGGAGUGGAACGCGAAGCUCGCGGCGCCGGAGGGCAGGCGGGGGAUCAGGCGGUUCGCGCACCUCAACGUCUGGCGCGUGCUGACCCCGCCGCCGCAGGAUGUCCCGCUGGCCGUGUGCGACGCCCGGAGCCUGUCGCCGGAGGAUGUCCAUUUCGCGGAUGCGAUGUUCGAUGACCCUGAUGGCAGUGGGAGGAUCUUGCACUCGUUUGAGGGGCUGGCUGUUAGGCAGAGCCCGGGCCAGAGGUGGUGGUACUACCCUGAUAUGCGGACGGACGAGGUGCUUGUUUUCAAGACGAAUGACACCGAGCCGGGGGUCGCUCACGCGGUUGCCCACGGUGCGUUUGAUGACCCCUCGUGCCCGGCGGAGCAGGAACCGCGUGCGAGUCUUGAGAUGCGUGGUAUUGCGAUCUGGUAUGAUCCGGGCAAAUGA